CCCGCGAACAAUAUGGGUCAGACGCUCUCCGAGCCCGUCGUCGACAAGCACUCGCAAAACGGCGAUGGCGACGACUUGAUCUUUGGCGUCUCCUCCAUGCAAGGAUGGCGUAUCAGCAUGGAAGACGCCCACGCCACCAUACUGGACUUGCAAGCCCUCCAGGAGGGGAAGCCCACUGCGGCCGAUAAGCGACUCAGUUUCUUUGGUGUAUAUGACGGACACGGUGGUGAUAAGGUCGCGCAAUACACUGGCGAACAUCUUCAUCAGAUCGUCGCGAAACAGGAGGCUUUCAAAGAGGGCGAUAUUAAGAAGGCGCUACAGGAUGGGUUUCUGGCGACAGACCGCGCGAUAUUGAGUGACCCCAAGUACGAAGAGGAAGUCUCCGGAUGCACGGCCUCGGUCGGCAUAAUCUCAAAAGACAAGAUCUACGUCGCAAACUCGGGCGAUUCCCGUACCGUUUUGGGUAUCAAAGGCCGAGCGAAACCCCUUUCAUAUGACCACAAGCCCCAGAAUGAAGCCGAGAAAGCGCGGAUUCAAGCCGCCGGUGGUUUUGUGGACUUUGGUCGCGUGAAUGGAAACCUUGCUCUGUCGCGCGCCAUCGGUGAUUUCGAGUUCAAGAAGAGCGCAGAUCUUCCCCCUGAGAGCCAGAUUGUCACUGCGUUCCCAGAUGUUGAAAUACACACCCUGAGCGCGGACGAUGAGUUCCUAGUAGUCGCCUGCGACGGUAUCUGGGACUGUCAGUCUUCGCAAGCCGUGGUAGAAUUCGUUCGACGGGGUAUUGUUGCAAAGCAAGACUUGGCUUCAAUCUGCGAGAACAUGAUGGACAAUUGCCUGGCAUCCAAUAGUGACACUGGUGGUGUGGGUUGUGACAACAUGACAAUGGUCGUCGUUGGUCUUCUACAGGGUCGGACGAAGGAGCAGUGGUACGAAGAUAUUGCAAAGAGGGUCGCAAACGGAGAGGGUCCCUGCGCCCCGCCGGAGUACGCUGAGUUCCGCGGUCCUGGUGUUCACCACCGUAUUGAUGAUAGCCCCGAUGAUAUCGACAUGGACCUUGAGCAGCGCUUCAGACCCAACAGUGGCAAUGGUGGCCGCAUCAUCCUACUAGGUGACGGUACGGAGAUAACCACCGAAGCUCCCGACUCCGAGAUGUUCGAUCACGAGGAGGACAAGGACCUCGACUCGCAAGUUGACAAGUUCAACAAGGAGGAUUCCAAUGGCAACACUGCUCGAGAAGGAACCCCUGGCCCGCAGUCCGGCACACUCAAGGAAUCGACAGAAUCUCCCUCAUCAGUCAAGACGGAAAAGUCAGAGGAUGCAUCGGCUACCACAGGAAACGAUAGCACUCAACCGGACAAGAUCACGACCGGUACUGCCACGACCAGUAAGUAG